CGCCGCGUCCGGCGCUGCUGCUGCUGCGCUCGGGCCCCCGCUCCGGGCCGGCAGUGGCCGGGAAGCGGGCGCUGCGCGGCAGCCGGGAUCUCGGCCCAACAUGGCCGAAGUCGGCAUCGAUCAGUCCAAGCUGCCGGGAGUGAAGGAAGUGUGUCGAGAUUUUGCUGUCUUGGAGGACCACACCCUGGCUCAUAGCCUGCAGGAACAAGAGAUCGAGCAUCAUUUGGCAUCAAACAUUCAGCGGAACCGAUUGGUCCAGCAUGAUCUCCAGGUGGCUAAGCAGCUCCAAGAGGAAGAUCUGAAAGCCCAAGCUCAGCUACAGAAGCGCUACAAAGACCUUGAACAACAGGACUGUGAAAUUGCUCAGGAAAUUCAGGAGAAGCUGGCUAUUGAGGCAGAGAGACGACGCAUUCAGGAGAAGAAGGAUGAGGACAUAGCUCGUCUUUUGCAAGAAAAGGAGUUGCAGGAAGAGAAAAAGAGAAAGAAACACAUUCCAGAGUUCUCUGGAGCCAAUGCUUAUGAAGAUAGUUACUAUUAUGAAGAUGGAGACCAGCCAAGGUCAAGGAGGGCCAGGGAAUUGGGUUCUGGAUUCUCGCGGACUUGUAAACUCCAAAGUGAUGGAAAGACUGUGAAGCAGAGGAAGGAGAAACCAAAACAUCCGCUGGAGAACUUGGAAGAGCAUUGUUCAUCAAAGAGAUCUUUGUCAUCCUCUAGCUGGGGCAAAGUGAGGGAUGAUCCCCAAAUUAACAGUGAGCAGCAUGAAAGGAAACAGGCUGCUCAGGAGAGGCUUCGGAGGCCUCCACUACCCAAGAUCAGUGGUGAGGUGUUUCUGAGCACUGAAUUUGAUGACUGGAAGGCAAAGAGUAGCCAUCAUACUCGGAAUCUGGAAAAACAGUUUCACCAUCAAGACAGACUUUCAGCCAAGUCCUCACAGAAAGCAGGGCUUCAUUGCAAGGAAGCUGUGUAUGGGAGGGACCAUGGGCAAGGUGAGCACAAAGAAAGGAAGCACAGGCCCAGGACUCCUCCCUUCUCAGAGAGUGAGGAGCAGCUCAACCUCCAUGAUCCAGGAGUGAAGCCAAGAGUGGUGAAAGAAGCUGUUUCUACUCCAUCACGAGUGACCCACAGGGACCAGGAAUGGUAUGAUGCUGAGAUUGCCAGGAAACUGCAAGAAGAAGAACUUUUGGCUACCCAGGUAGACAUGAGAGCAGCUCAAGUAGCCCAGGAUGAAGAAAUUGCUCGACUUCUAAUGGCAGAAGAAAAGAAAGCUUACAAGAAGGUCAGGGAACGGGAGAAAUCAUCUUUGGAAAAAAGAAAACAUGACCCCGAGUGGAAGCCCAAAACAGCCAAAUCGGCACAUUUAAAGUCAAAAGAGAGUGACGAACCUCAUCGUUCUAAGAAUGACCGACCAGCACGGCCACCACCACCUACCAUGACAGAUACUGAAGAUUUGGAUUACACUCAUUUCACAAAUCAGCAGAGUUCCACACGUCAUUUCUCAAAAUCAGAGACCUCUCAUAAAGGUUUUCAUUACAAGCAGUAAAAACCUAGGAAUCUGCCUUGAAAACGGACUCACUAUAGCAAAUAUUACUGGAUGAUACAGAAUGCAUUCCACACUCAUUUUUUUCGGCUAUGUUUGCAUUCAAGUAUUUUUCUGACCAUGAAUAAUUUUAAUUCAUUUCAGAUGUUUUGGUUAUUCAUGAUCACUUGGGCAGUAUAAGAAAAUGUAGCUUCUGAAUAUUGGCCACCUCUAUGCUGCAUAUACUUCCUGGAAUUAUAGUAUCUAAGAGCACUAUAAAAUGACAUUUUGUUAGGUAUGGACUAUUGGUAGCUCGAAACUAGGCCUUUAGCAAUUUGAAUUUUAUGGAGAUGAAUGAGCAAAAUAAAACCAUGUUUGGAUGCAAUGCAGAAUAAAAGAAUGUCAGAAGUAGCUUUAUUUUGGUGCAUUAGUGUAAUAUAUUUUGAAGGACAGUCUUUGCUUUUUGUACUCUUCAGGAGAAGAAAAAAAAAACACAACCAUAAAGUAUUUUAAAAGAUCUGGAACAAUUGAAAUAGUUAUUCUCACUACCUAGACUAGAAGUUUUUCAUGUCCUUCUAAGCUGUCCUAGGAAAAUUGACCUAGAUGUCAUUCUUUACCCUGCUUUUACCUCCUCAGUAGCAAGGCUUUCUGAAAUAUCUGGGCAAUGGACCAUUUAUUAGUAUUUACUGGCAAAAGUCUAAUUCUCUGAAAUUUAACUCAGAUUAAUGAAACACUUUGUAUCCCUUCUCUUGUUUUAUGCUAUGAAUGGAAUUUGAGAUAAUUGCAUAAUUGGUUAGGCCAUCAGUUUCUUUGGUUGUAGAUUGAGUUUUUCUCUUAGGGUCAUAGUAAUAUUUGCUGGCAAGCUCUCAAUAUUUUGUUUAUCUGUCUAUUAUUAGAUCAACAUGAAGAUAAAUUCGAUAAAUCGUUCUUUAUCCAAGUAUUUGGUUUUAAACAUUUGUUAGUAAGGAUUGUAUUUCUUUGACCAAGACCUCUAAGUUCCCUCAUCAAGAAGUUUAUAGUCGUUGUGUAGCUGCUAACCUUGUGAAAAUAUUUAUUUUCCCAUAUUACUUAGUUCAUAUAAAUGACAAGCUAUGUAUAAUCUGUCUCUUCA